AAAAAAAAAGACAGCUGGUAGAAAUUAAAGAUGGCCGCCGCUACCAUGGCGGGGCUCGACGCCCACAGAAUGGAAAAGAAGAAGUUCGAGUACUUUUCCUCCAUCAACUCCAUGGCCAAGAAGAUUAUGCAGGAGCGGGAGAAAAUCAAAGCCGAGUACGGCUCGUCCUGGGAGAAAAUGACCCCGCAGGAGCAAGACAACGCCAUUGAUAACAGCCUGAUGGACCCUCAUAUAAGAGCCAGAUACGCUAUGCAUAAAGUGGACCGUGAGGAGGUGGUCUGUUACCCCAAACUGCUCCUCCAGACAGGUCAGAAGAUAGUCCACUUCGGUGAAGAGGAUAUUAGAUGGCAAGAUGAGCACUCUGCCCCUUUCUCAUGGGAAACAAAGAGUCAGAUGGAGUUCAGUUUGACGUCAGGCUCUGCAGAUCAGGUGACCUCUGCCUCACAGGCCGACUCAAAAAAUGCAAAAGUUCCUCAUUCCAAUCAGCUUGGAAAGAGUACAGCAGGGGCCAAGGUGUCUGUCAGUGAGGGACGGAGGCCAGAGGAGGAGUCAUCCUUCUGGAAGAUCAGUGCUGAGAGGUCGAGGCUGGAAGGGGAGAAAGUUGAUUUCCAGUCCCUGACCCCAAGUCAGAUCAAAUCCAUGGAGAAAGGAGAGAAACCCAUCCCCUCCUACCUCAGACAGGAGAGCUCUUCCAUCUCCAAGGAGCCUGAAGCUGCUGAGUCUAACCCUACAGCUCCUGCCAAGUCCAUCAAGCAUAGAGCACCCAAAGCUCCUGCCCCACAGCCCCCUGUACCUGUGGCUGUCAGUGCAACACCUGCAUCCAUCUCCAUCACACCUACGCCAGCCCCGCCCCUCAGUGCUUCCUCUUCUGUUGGAGGCUGGGAGAGAUCUCAGAGCACCCUGCCGUCUGUCAGCAACACCCCGGAUGAGAUUUUUUCAUCUAAUCUGAUACCAAAGCCUUCAAAGUCCUUCACCGCCGCAGAGAAGGAGAAAGCGGAGGAAGGUUCACCCCCUUUGGACAUGAGCCCCACCUUUUCCCAGUUUAACACAAGCAGCAGCAUCCUGAAGACUGGAUUUGACUUCUUGGACAACUGGUAAAAACCACAGCAGAGUCCAGUCGCCUCACUGAAUGAGUCAUCGCCAUCAUCACUUUAGAGACGGACCACACUGCCAUGACUACAGACAUCCAUGUCUAGAUUUAAGAGACACGCUCCUUUAAAGCAACCAAGUCAAUGUUCCUACUAUCAUCCGCUGUGGCUUGUUAAGACAUUAUCUCACCACCUGUGUACGUUUGACCUUUUCUGUUUUCAAAGUAGAAGAGGAGCUGUCCUUGUUUUUUCUCUUGCUGUGUUACAAGUCGGGGUGGAUGAAUACUAAACUGCUUACAGACAUUAUGUUAGAAAACACUAAAAUUGUCAUAACUUAAUCCAAAACUAUCAUAUUGCUUUUAGGUUUUUCUUUUGAAAGUAUUUUGCUCUCAAGUGCUUCUAUUUAUAACUGUAUAUGUUGCUACUGUGCUAUCCUUUAUGUUUUAGAGUUAAAGCUGUCCUUGAUGCUGCAGUCGUCCACAGACAUCCAAACUGCCGAGGAAUUCUGUUUAAAGAAGUUGGAAAAAGACAAAUUGUGGAAAUUUCUUAUUAGCUUUAGUUUAAAAUGUAUUCUUAACUGAACCGUUUUCAUUCCAGUAGAAAUUUCGGCUGUUAUUUGUGAGGUGGAAAAACAGGAUGGAAAAGCUCAAACUUUAAUGGAAACCUGCUCAUUGUUAGCUCCAACGCUCCCUCUCGCGUCGUUCCAUCAGAGCUGUGCGUUUUGAUGAAGGAAAUAUUGUGCAUUAAAACAUUUUCAUGUUAGUAAGCAAACACCGAUACAUUGACUGAUAGUGUUUGUCAUAGACUAAAUAUCUAGAGUACUAUUUUACUUAGUUUUAUAUUUAUCUGCUAAUUUUAUCCUUAUCACAUUGUGAGGUAAGAAAUUGGAAUGAAGUAAAUGAAUAAAAUCAAAA